CUAUAAUGGUUAUAACCGGAGUUACGUCCCUUCUAAAGUCACGUGAUCAGCGGCCAUUGACGAUAACAUUUUGUUUGUGAAGGUCAAUCACGUUUCUUCGCAUACAGGAUGUCUGCAGUGCCUCAACUCCGCAACCUUCUGAGGACAAAGGUGAAGAAGGACCUGGGCAUUGGGAUUGCUCUUGCUAUAGUUGCAACUGCUGUCUACAAAGUUACCAUAAACGAUGUCAGAAUUAAGAAGUAUGAAGAAUUCCACAGGACCUAUGACGCAAAGGCCCACUACCAGAGAAUGAUCAAGGCCGGAGUGUUCCAGUCAAUACGACCUGACGGAAGUGUGACAGCUGAAGACUGGAAAUAGAAUUAUACAGGAUAACUGGACAUAUGUAGUGUGAACAAUUGGUACAAGUGUGUGAGUCACUCCGGAAAAGCAGAGAGCUUGCUGUUUUGUUGUUUAAAAAGAUAAAUUAAAUCGUAUCGACUAGAAAAA